CACUCUGGUGUUUCCUGAGAAGCUUCAGUCAGUUCCUUGUUGCUCUGACUCGUGGUUGCUGAGGAUGGACGCUCGUAUCUUCAGCCUGCAGGUCCUGACGCUCUGCUGCCUCGUCCACGGGUCUCUGCAGGGUGUGUAUCAGCGGCGUCUCUACACGGAGCUCAUGAGGAACUACAACCCGCUGGAGCGACCGGUUCACAACGACUCCCACAGCCUGACGGUUCACUUCAGCUUCUCACUGCUGCAGAUCAUGGACGUGGACGAGAAGAACCAAGUGCUGACGACCAACAUCUGGCUGCAGCUGUACUGGACAGACUUCUACCUGCAGUGGAACACGUCAGAGUAUCCAGGUGUGACCAACGUCCGGUUCCCCGACAACCAGAUCUGGAGGCCCGACGUCCUGCUGUACAACAGUGCUGAUGAACGCUUCGACGCCUCCUUCCACACCAACAUCUUGGUCAACUCCACCGGCUACUGUCAGUACCUGCCCCCAGGAAUAUUUAAGAGCACCUGUCACAUCGACGUGCGCUGGUUCCCGUUCGACGUGCAGCGCUGCGACCUGAAGUUCGGCUCAUGGACAUACGGCGGCUGGUCCCUGGACCUGCAGAUGGUCGAGGCCGACGUCACCGGGUACAUCGCCAACGGGGAGUGGGACCUCGUGGAGGUUCCCGGGCGGAGGAGCGAGCGUUUCUACGACUGCUGCCAGGAGCCGUACCCGGACGUGACCUUCACCGUGGUGAUGAGGAGGAGGACGCUCUACUACGGACUCAACCUCCUCAUCCCCUGCGUCCUCAUCUCCACGCUGGCUCUGCUCGUCUUCCUGCUGCCGGCCGACUCCGGAGAGAAGAUCUCGCUGGGCAUCACGGUGCUGCUCUCGCUGACCGUCUUCAUGCUGCUCGUCGCUGAGAUCAUGCCGGCGACGUCGGACUCUGUUCCUCUGAUCGCUCAGUACUUUGCGACGACCAUGGUGAUCGUGGGUCUGUCGGUCAUCGCCACGGUUCUGGUUCUGCAGUAUCAUCACCACGACCCUGAUGGAGGACACAUGCCUCAGUGGACUCGUGUGAUUCUGUUGAACUGGUGCGCCUGGUUCCUGAGGAUGCGGCGUCCCAGGAAGGCGAGGGUCCGCCUGGCGUGUCACAACGCCGCCAAGCGUCGCCGCGGCAGCCUGUCUAGCCUGGAGCUCAGCGUCAGCCAGGGGGCGCUGCUACACCACCCGCAGGUAACCAACGGCAACCUGCUGUACUUGGGCUGCCAGGGCGCGGAGGGUCUGCACUACGACUACGAGGAGGAGGUGCUGAGAGCAGGGGGCGGAGCCAGAGGAGGAGGAGGAGGAGGAGCAGUGGGAGGUUCUGCGCUGGAGGCGGAGCUGAACCAGAUCCUGGAGGAGGUGAGGUACAUCGCCGCGCGGGUCCGCGGGCAGGACGAGGAGGAGCAGCUCUGCAGCGAGUGGAAGUUUGCGGCGGCCGUGAUCGACCGCUUGUGUCUGGUGGCGUUCUCGCUCUUCACCAUCCUCUGCACCAUCGGCAUCCUCAUGUCGGCGCCCAACUUCGUGGAGGCCAUUUCCAAAGACUUCUUCAGCUGAGGAGGAGACGAGAUGUUUUAAUUUUCAUCAAGGUGUCGGUCCGUCUGUCAGAGAUUUUAAUCCUCUAAACCAGCUGCUCACUGUAGCUUUCAUCAAACCACGUUGUUCAUUACCACCAGACUCCGUUGACAAAAACUCUACUCAUUCAUUCUCCAUUGAAAAAGUGAAAAUUUGAUUAAGAAAAAAUGACUAAUUAUGAAUCCAGAAGAAAUUGUGAUCUAAUGUAACUCUGAUCGUUUCUCCUUCAUCACGUUCAGAUGUUUUAACAGUUUUAAUAAAGUUUUUAUUGCCAACUA